UGAUAAUCACGCCCUUCCCAGCAAAUAAAUAGCGGCCUCAAUACCCCCCGCCGUUCAUACCACAACAAUUAGCAACUCUCCAUUAGUCUCCGUAAUGAAGUUCUUCACCAGUGUCGUCCUCUUGUCUGCUACGGUCACCGCUAGUCCAGUCCCAAGGAUAUUCAACCUGAUCAGCUCAAAUGCCUCGGAUGAAAGCCACAACGGUCUCUACCUGUCAACGCAACAUGUUGACCCACUGAACAGCAAGGCUGUCUUUCGCGAUGCCGCCGACGCUGCCGAAUUCUACUUUCUCGAUGGGACCGUGCGUUACAAUGCGCCAAAUGGAGCUCCUUACGCGAUGGCUCUCGUCUCGGGCGACGAGGUCCAGAGUGAGGUGGAGAUUGGUGUGAGCCCUUCAUCUGGUAGCACUGGCUUCAGUUUGGCCAGUGAUGAUAUUCUGGCUACUGAUAAUGAAAAUUGGGGUGGAUGGCUAGUUUGCGAUGGCGCCAGCGACCUCCCUGGUCUAUAUUAUCACAACAAAAGCAAUGGAGGUGACGUCCCGGGUGGCUGUGAUCCUAUUGAGCUUGAUGCUGUCUACAAGGAUUCCUCGUAGAGGGGGUCAUGACAGCUAAUACUUCUCCGAGGGUUUGACAAAUCGAAAUGUCUAUCCACGGGUUCCGAUUGACAUCGACCUAUUCGGCCGCGAAUACAGCAUUCGGCCUUGCACCGAUUAACGACGAUAUAGUAUAUUUAAUCGAAACAUUACGCUAUAAUGUGUACCGCUUCCAUGAGCCAUUACGCCUGUGGUGAAGGAGAGGGACGCCAAACUGUGAAUAUACAGCUUCAUUCAAAAGAAAAGAGAAAUUAAUGCUUUAUGAUUGAUGUAUUUUUGCUAGGAUAAAG